AUUUUACUUAUCAUGAUCAAGCUCAGUGUGUAUAUUCAGAGCCAACACUGAGUGUGUGAAGUUGUUACUGAAGAAGAGAUGAAGACGCUGCACUUGGCUCUGAUUCUGCUCGUGCUGUCCGGUGUUCUCACUCAGGACAGAGAAUUUGGUGUGAAAUAUCCUGAUAAACCGAUCUGUGCUGUGAGAGGAUUCAGUGUCUCCAUUCCCUGUAGUUAUUCUUAUCCACAAAAUCAUCAGGUGGAACAAAAGCUUUGGUGCUCGAUGAACUCAAACACAGAUUUCUGUUAUAAACCACCGUAUGUUUAUAACAGCUCAUCAAACACCAAGUCAGACUUUGAGUUCACUGGAGACGACAAAUCAGACUGCACUUUGUUAAUCCACAAUGUACAGUUCAGUUAUUCUGGAGAGUACAAAUUCAGAUUUAUAACUAAUGUGGACAGAUUCACAGGUAAACCUGGAGUGACUCUACAAGUUACAGAUUUAAAGGUGUCACUAAUCAGGCUCAGUGGAAACGGAACCCUUAAACAAGGAGACUCGUUAAAUCUGAGGUGUGAUGUGAACUGUACACACACUUCCUCACAGUUUGUGUGGUCUAAGAACAACCAGCCCUUAAAUACAUCAGGACCUGUUCUUCACUUUCCUGCUCUAACCGUGAGGGAUUCUGGGAAAUACACCUGCACUUGGGAAACCAACGUCACAUCAGGAUCUGAAACCAUCAGCCUUCACGUCGAGGGUGACGACCCUGACAACCCUGAACAUUGGUCAAUCUGGGUCAUUGUUUUGGUGAUCACUGGAGUGAUUGUCGUCUUGGUCAUCAUAGGAGCUGUGAUUCACAACAGGAGGUUUCUGUGUGAUCGCAGGAGUGUCCACACCGAGCAGCAGAAGAAGGGCGAUUCUGCCAUGGACUUUAAUGUCCAGAAGAAUGAGGAUGAUUCUGCUACCUACUCUAAUGUCCAGAAGAAUGAGGAUGAUUCUGCUAUCUACUCUAACACCCAGCAGCAGGAGGAAGAUUCUGCAAUCUACGCUAAUGUAUAAUAACAAUGAGUUGACCUCAGUUUCAUGCCUCAUGACAGCUUAAAGGCUUGUUUCCUCUUGAGCUAAAAAUAUUACACAGCAUAUACACUUCCUGUAUGUUGCAUCUGAGCUUCAUUUCAUAAUAAAUGACUUGGUUAUUUCUUGCAUGUGUUGCUGUUCUUAGUUUCUAUAAGAUUCUAUCAUUUUCUAGAAUUUACUCAAACUAUAACUUUUAUACAUGUCCUGAUUAAGGAUCAUUUACUGCUUUUAUGAUGUUUUGCAUGUAAAUUAGAGUAGCAGUCUAUCCUCCUUUCUCCUGUUUCAGUGCUUGAAGUGAGCUGCUACUCUACAGGAUGCAGUACACGCUGCUUUUACACUGAAAUGUUCAUGAAGUUGCUAGUUAAUACAACUGAUACACAACUGAAACCUGCACAUCCUGCAACACAACCAACACACUCGUCUGUACACACGGCAUAUUUAGUAAAUACUUCCAGUCUCUGUGUUAAACCACAUCUUUUACUCUUACAGAACAAUAAAAUUGUG